AUGGGGGGCCCAAACCCAACUCCCCUUCUUCCACUCUCCACUCACAACACUGCUGGAAUACAAAAAAAUGUCAAGCCUCGACCCAGAAAAUACAAGAGGAAAGCAGUUGACAACAAGAAAAAGAGGCUGAAACGGAAAAAGCCUAUUUGGUCUGAAGAAAAACUUCCUGAUGUGGUUAAUAAGGUUAACAAAAUCCUCUCUGUAUCUGAGAAGAAGGAUGAGGCAUACAAGAGAAUAACCUCUGACAUUAAAUGGGUGCCUCCACAAUCCGAUAUAUGUCUUAUUCAACAGGAACAUUUCCAGGACCCUUGGAAGGUGAUGGCUAUAUGCAUACUUUUGAACAAUACUACUGAUACUGAUGAGGUAAGAUUGGCUAUAUCAAACCUAUUCAGUUUAUGCCCCAAUGCAACAACUUGUACGCAAGUUUCAAAAGAUAAAAUAGAAGAGACAAUACAUGACAUACUUUACUACAAGCAGAAGACAGCUAGGUUACAGAAGUUUUCUGAGGAGUACUUGAAUGAGAAUUGGACACAUGUGACAUAUCUUCACGGCAUUGGCAAGUAUGCAGCUGAUGCAUAUGCUAUAUUCUGUACGGGUAAAUGGCAGCGAGUGACACCUGCAGCAGGUCAGAACGAUCACAAGCUAUUAGAUUAUUGGAAAUUCCUUCAUACUAUUAAGCAUACUUUGUGA